CGUGCGCGCGCGCGGCUCCGCUGCCGAACGACCGCGGGAAAAUUCCAAAAAGUCGAAACAAAAGGCCAAUACGAAGUGAGGCCAACUUUUCAAGCCACAGAACCCGGGCGGUGGCUUCCUUUCUGCCACUGUCUAAACUGCUGAAGCAGCGCUGGCGAGGACCACCCGAUUUGAUGGUGAUCAUAGUUUCACUCAGUGCUCAGCAGGAUGGCUGAAAAAUCAGUGGACUUUGCUUCUGAUUAUCAGUUUUGGAUGCAGAAGCUUUCUGUAUGGGACCAGGCUUCCACAUUGGAAACACAGCAGGACACCUGUCUUCACCUGCCUCAGUUCCAGGAGUUCCUAAGGCAGAUGUAUGAAGCCUUGAGAGAGAUGGAUUCUAGAACCAUUGUUGAAAAGUUCCCCACAAUUGGCCAACUGUUAGCAAAAUCUUGCUGGAAUCCAUUUAUUUUAGCAUAUGAUGAAAGCCAAAAAAUUCUAACAUGGUGCUUGCGUUGCCUGGUUAACAAAGAACCACAGACUUCUGAAGAGUCCAAACUUAACUCCUGGAUACGGGGUUUGUUAUCUCAUAUACUCUCAGCAUUUAGAUUCAAUAUAAAAGAAGUUGGCCUUUUUACUGAAUGUCUUGGGUAUGCACCUACAGAUUACCAUCCUGGUUUGCUUAAAAAUAUGGUUUUAUCAUUAGUGUCUGAACUCAGAGAGAAUCAUCUUAAUGGAUUUAACACUCAGAGGCGAAUGGCUCCUGAGCGAGUAGCGUCCCUGUCACGAGUCUGUGUCCCCCUCGUUACUCUGCCGGAUCUCGAGCCCUUGGUGGAAGCCCUGCUCGUCUAUCAUGGACACGAGCCUCAGGAAGUUCUCUGGACCGAGUUCUUUGAAGUAGUGAACGAGGCCUUUUUGCUGAAGAAGAUUUCCCUCUCCACGUUGGCUGUUGUCUGCCUCUGGCUUCGACAUCUCCCCAGCCUGGAAAAAGCAACACUGCAUCUUUUUGAAAAGCUGAUUUCCAGUGGGAGAAAUUGUCUGAGAAGGAUCGAAUGCUUUAUAAAAGAUUCAUUGCUGCCUCAAGCAGCCAUCCACCCUGCCAUAUUCCGGAUUGUUGACGAAAUGUUCAGGUGUGCGCUUCUGGAGACGGAUGGAGCUCCAGAAGUACUGGCUGCUCUUCAGGUGUUUACGCGAUGCUUUCUAGAUGCUCUGGGAGAAGAAAACAACCAGCUGAAGUUUGCGCUAAAGACCUACUUUCCUUAUGCUUCUCCAUCCCUUACCAUGGUGCUACUGCAGCUCCCUAACGAUACACCACAGGGACACCGGCACUUGAUACUGAAGCAUGCUUCUGAACUGCUCAGGAACGCAGUUGAGGGUCAGACUCACAGGUCCCAUGGGGGUGCCUUCGAGACCUGGUUUUUGUUCGUGCACUUCGGGGGAUGGGCAGAGAUGGUGGCCGAGCAGUUGCUGGUGUCAGGCGCUGAGCCUCCUGAAGCCCUGCUGUGGCUCUUGGCAUUCUACUACAGCCCGUGUGACGGGAGCCUGCAGCGAGCACGCACCAUGGUAGAGGUGAAGACAGUGCUUGGCCAUCUCCUGAAGCUGUCCCAAAGUGCUACCUUCUCAGCCAGGGAUCUGCAGGCAGCAGCUGAAGAAAGCGGAGAUGGAAACCUCAGACCACCUGCAUUUUACCAGCUGAUCAGGCACCUCCUCCUCAGUUUCCUGCUCUGGGCCCCUGGAGGUCACACAGUCGCCUGGGAAGCCAUCACCCUUAUGGCUCACACGGAUGACAUAGCCCAUGAGAUUAUCGGCUUUCUUGACCAGACUUUGUACAGAUGGAAUCACCUUGGCAUCAAUGCCCCUGGGUCAGAGAGACUGGCCAGAGAGCUCCUCACAGAGCUGUGUGCCCGUGUCCAGCAAGAAACAGACCACAGGGCCUCCACGUCCAGGGGAUCGGGUUCACAGAGGCCACGGGACAGCUGUUGAGACGCCUUCUUAAGGCCACGUGUUGUGGAGAAAAGGCCCUUUCUGAGCUGUGAGAAUGAGUCGUACACAUCUGAGGAAGAUCUGGAAGUACAUAUUUUACAGAUGUGAGGAUAGUGCCGAGGCCCAGACUCAGAUUUAAUCAUUGUGCUUUCAGCAUUUCCUCCACCUGCUCAACCCAGGAUGUCAGAGGGUUACUAAAGGAAAGGUCAGGCGAGAGUGAUUGUUCCCCUCUUACCCAUAUCAGGCCAAGGUGCACUAAUACUUGAAUGAUUCAAGAGUCUUUGGACCAAGAAAUUUAUCAUGAAUCACUAAGAAAUUUAGAGAGUAACUUGGCAUUUUUCCACAGAUCUACUUUUGAGGAGUCAGGUGAUUGUUAUUUCUUUAAAUCCACGGGAAUCUGAGAUAACACCACACUAUCUGGUGUUCCUAAAAGAAUUCUUCAUCCAGAACAGUAAGGGUCCCUCCAUUUUCUCUGUGUCCUCCACCCUGUCCAAUCAAGCUGAGGGAGGCAGAGCACACUGAAGUCUAGUGGCAAAUGGUGACCACGGACAUCAGCGUUGGGGCUGUGGGUCCAGCCCUGCCUGAAGAUCUGGUUAACAGUGAAGGAAGCAGCGCCUCCUAGCAGCGCUAGCUCACUCACUCACCUCUUCCAUGCGCAAGAGAGAUGGACAGCACCCCAACUUGAUGCUGUGACUCACCCCCACUUCAGCUCGCCCUGGGCCACAGCCACACACCACCUGGGGUACUCAGCGAGGUCUCUGGUUGUGAGUCCAUCUUCACAGUAGUCCAUUUUACUACUGCGCCACCACCUAGCCCAGCCUGCUCUUUUUGCUUUGUAUUCACUAACUACUGCCUACCAUCAGGGUGCUCCUGCUACAGCAAGACAGCUGACAGGUGAGGGGCGUGUUCUGGAAAUAUUCAAUGAGAUUAUCAUUGCAGGUGUCUUCUUAAAUCAAAUGGGAAUUGGACACCUAAUAAAGAAUUGGUAACCUCAAGGUUAAUAUUUA